CGACAGAUGAAGGCAGGAUAACAACGGCUCGCUUCUGUAGCCGUUGUUAUCAUGCAUUCAUGGUUAUGUUGUCGUUUGUUCUCCUUGUGGUGUGCUAGUAGUAGUAAUAGGUAGAGCGUGUCCUGCGCUCCUGUGUGUUGGGCCUUGACUGUGUUUGGAGAAUAAUCCCUUCAACAAGAAGAUAAGCCAGCUCUCCUGUAUCGUACUGGUCUGGCAUUGAGGCAGACUGAGGCUAAGCUACAAUGGGCAAGGUGUAUUUGACCCACCCUGGUGGUUCCAGGAUAUAUUGCUGUUGGAAUUGUUCAACUGCAUUGACGAACAAGAGUGAAAUGAUGUCGAAUAGGUUCUCUGGGACGACAGGCCGUGCGUUUUUGUUCAAUAAGGCUGUCAACUUAUCUUAUAGCGAACUUCAAGUUCGUUUCAUGCUAACUGGACGUCAUAUUGUCCGUGAUGUUUCCUGUAAAAACUGUGGCUCGCGUCUCGGCUGGAUGUAUGAGUUUGCAACGGAAGAGUCCCAAAAGUACAAGGAGGGUCAUGUUAUAUUGGAGCGUGCUCUGGUGCAAGAAGUCGACGGUCUGCCGAGUGGCGAAUAGGUAUUGCUGUUCUGGCUAGUGGCUUAUCUCCUGCCAACUUCUAUGCAUUGUUGUGUUGUUACUUAUUAUUAGCCUUUUUUCUAUCCCAUAUUAGUUACCUUCCUGGCCCAGUAUGGCGUUGGCCUUUCCUAAGAAGUCUAAACAUAUAUACGUAUGUAGCCAGUACUAACCACCUAACCGCUAUAUAAUUGGUGACAUUCCAUGCUCCCAUUCGCCUGCUUAUCUUUUUAUAUACUUCAAGUAUACCUCCAUACUCGUUCAUCUUGUAAGCAUACCUAAUCCACAUACGUAACUACUCAUAUUCCCCAUGCCUGUAUUGGGUGGGUGUUGCUCGUUCCUAACCUCUCGGUAAUCUUAUCCUUUUUGCCUCUUCGUACUUUCCUCUACCUGCACCAUGGAUGGUACGUGUAUAUUUUUUUACUGCUAUUAGUGUCCACAUGCCCUCGAGUUUUCUACCAGCCAAAAGCUGCUUCAUACGGUGUUUUGUAUAGUUAUUGAACGGCGACGUAUGCUGGCAUCACGCGCAUAGGAUUAUUCUUAGCACUCAUUACGGUAGUCAUCUCUCCAACACCUUCACCACCACGUAUCGAAGAAAGCGUUGUUAUGGUACUCGUGAAUGAAGAAUACUUUUAUGUGUGUCUUA